AUGGAUGACAUUACAGAGAGAUGCGCAGGUCUAAAGCUAUCACGAAAGGAAGAUGUUGAAGUGGAGAUCAACAUGCCACGGCUAGAGGAUGGCCCUGUUCUCAUAGGGAAGUUUUGCACGAAGCGGAGAAUAAAUCUGGAGUCAGUGGCCAGAGUUCUGAAAACAGUGUGGAAGGCGGAGAAUGGUUUCGAAGUAAAUGACUUAGGCGACAACAAGGUGAUGUUUUUGUUUCACACAAUGGAAGACAUGGACAGAGUUCUCUUGCUCAGCCCGUGGUCCUUUGAUAAGUAUCUAGUGAUCCUGCACAAAAUGGUACAUGGUGAGGCGGUGAAAGACGCAAAGUUUGAUAAAUCUCCAUUUUGGAUCCAAAUCCACGGGCUCCCCACCAUGUGCCAAACAAAGGAGGUGGGUGAAAGCAUUGGAGCUACUCUGGGAAAGGUGGAGAAAGUGGAUGCCAUUGGGAAAGGUUUUUGUUUGGGAAAUUACCUACGCAUAAGAGUGCGCCUGGAUAUCACCCUGCCGCUAUGCCGGGGUCGGAAAGUUCGCCUAGGUGAACAGGGACUGAAAUGGGUGGAUCUCAAGUACGAGAGACUCCCAAUAUUCUGCUAUCUCUAUGGGAGAGUGGACCACGACGAAAAGGAGUGCAUGCAGGGGCUUCGUAGCAACAGCACCCUGAGGCCAGAUGAGAAGCAGUUCGGACCUUAG